UGCCAUGACAUUCUUCGUCUCUGUUCCAACCAUAACUUCCCACCACUCAUUCACUGGCAUUGGCCCUGCGCUCUAGGCUAUCGACGUGACAGCCUUUGAGCACACCAGUACAGCUGCUUAUCUCGAGCCGCCGACAUGCUUGAGAAAGUCAUAUAAGAGGCUGCUUUGUCAAUGGCUUUGAACACAGAUUCCUGUGACUCCACCGAACCCCACUACAGUCCCACCAUGUCUAGCGAAGAGAAGAAGAUCGAUGAGAGCAACAUGCCCAUCUGCAACGAGCUAGAUCGCGUACCGGGGCACGACUCUCAGGAACCGCUUUACGGCCUGCAGCGGUCCCUCAAGCCGCGCCAUGUGCAGAUGCUCGUCAUCGGCGGUGUCAUAGGUACAGGUCUAUUCCUGGGCACAGCGGGCAAUCUUCAAAGCGGCGGUCCAGCGGGCCUCCUCAUCGGCUACUGCAUCAUGGCCUCUCUGCUCUACGCGGUCAUGGUGGCCCUUGGUGAGAUGGUGUCACAACUUCCAGUGCCUGGUGGUCAAUUCGCCCUGGCUGGUCGUUUCAUCAGCCCAGACGUGGGCUUCGCCAUGGGAUGGCUGUACUGGUACAACUACAUCAUCGUGCUUCCUGCCGAGAUUUCGGCCUGUGCCGUGCUUAUUUCGUACUGGACCAACCCCGAGUCCUCAACGUGCGACUCUCCGGUAUGCAACAACGCCCUAUGGGUGGGACUACUUCUUAUCGUUGUGCUUGCCAUCAACUUCGCCGGCACUCGCGUAUUCGGAGAGUGCGAAUUCUGGUUCGCCAGCAUCAAGGUUAUCACCAUUGUCGGCCUGAUUCUCGUCGGCAUCGUCAUUUCCGCGGGUGGAGGUCCAACACACGAGACCAUUGGUUUCCGCUACUGGCGAGAGACAGGCGGCUUCGUGCAGUACAAGGACAUUCCAGGCUCCAAAGGUCGCUUUCUUGGCUUCUUCAAUGUCCUUAUUUCUGCCGCCUUCUCCUUCAUCGGCACCGAAAUCACGGCCAUCGCAGCCGCCGAAACAGACAAUCCUCGUCGCUCAGUGCCCAAAGCGAUCCGCAGCGUUUGGGUUCGUCUUGUCCUCUUUUAUGUGACAAGCGCUUUUAUCAUCGGUAUCAUCGUCUCCCCCUCUGAUCCCGACCUUAAUCUCAACUCUACCGCGGCCAAGAGCCCCUUCGUAAUUGCUAUCAAGAGAGCACAAAUCUCGGUGCUGCCAUCGAUCAUCAACGCAGCGCUUCUCACCAGCGCAUGGUCCGCUGCGUGUGCUGAUCUCUACGUGUCGUCCCGCACGCUAUAUGGCCUGGCUGCGCGAGGCCAGGCCCCUUCGCUACUGCUCAAGACGCGACGGUCGGAUGGUUUGCCAUACAUCUGCGUCAUCAUCUGCGGAUUUUUUUCAUUGCUCUCGUUUAUGGCGGCCAGUGAUGGCAAGGCAGGCAAGGCAUUUGGAUACUUUUCCAGCAUGACAGCUAUGUGCGGCAUCAUUUCGUGGAGUUGCAUUCUAUGGACUUAUCUUCGAUGGCGCAAGGGUCUCGACACGCAGAACAUCGACCGCGCAGAGCUUGCAUACCGUGCCCCGUUGCAGCCUUAUCUGAGCUAUUAUGGCGUGGGAGCCUGUCUGCUGGUCAUGGUCUUCGGCGGCUUUGGUGCAUUCGUCAUCACAUUCGACAGCUCCACAUUCAUCACCACGUACUUUCCCAUCCCCUUCUUUCUGGUCCUCGCUAUCGGCUACAAGGUCGUCCACCGAAGCAAGUUUGUUCAGACAAACGAAAUGGACUUCGUCACGGGCCUUUCGGUAGACGAAUCGAGCGUUUCGCACAGUGGCAAGAGCAGUGACCUAGUUUCGAAGGUGUCGCAACUGCUCAAGAUGCAUCGCAAUAAGUCGGAGAUUUAAUGUUGAUCAGGCUACGCAUGUGAAGCUCUGUGCACGUGACAUCAGCAAUCCCUUUCUUGCUACCCCUCCUCGUUUUCCCUUGUAUCUAGAUCAUCAGACGAAUCGAUCCUCAUCUGUGCUGCGGU